CCCACAGCGCGCACCAUUCUCCACUGUCCAAGGAGAUCAAGCACCAAAGCCAAGACCCUUCUCUCUCUCUCUCUAUAUCUCUCUCUCUCUCUCUCUCUUUCUCUUUCUCUCACUUUUGUUGUUGUUGUUGCGGUUUGGUUAUUCCAUCAGUGAAUGUUAAUCUGAGUGCGGUUCGGGUUUUCAUUUAUGGAUCCGGGUGGGAUGAUGAACGAGGGUUCCUUUGGGAAUAAUGGGAGCGGCAAUACGGCGCCGUAUAGCUUGGCGGAGAUCUGGCAGUUUCCGCAAGCGAUUAAUGGCGGCGGAGGAUUGGGUCUCCGGAGCCCGCAGUUCGAACAUGGGCCGGGGCAGUUUGGGGAUUUGCCUCCAAGACCCAACAAUGGGCUUGGGACAAGUAACACCAGAAAGCGGCGAGACUCAGAGGACGAUUCCGCUAAGACCGUGUCCACCAGCAAUGCCGUGAAUGAGGGUGAUGGAAAACGUGUUAAAGCAACGGCAAAUGGUGAUGGUAAUGGUAAAGGUGAAGGAGAAGUCAGUUCAGGAAAGCCUGCGGAGCAAAGCGCAAAACCUCCUUUGGAACCUCCCAAGCAAGAUUACAUUCACGUCCGAGCCAGAAGGGGUCAAGCCACUGAUAGCCACAGUCUUGCAGAACGAGCUCGAAGGGAAAAGAUCAGUGAAAGGAUGAAAAUUCUUCAGGAUUUGGUCCCUGGUUGUGAUAAGGUUAUCGGGAAAGCGUUGGUCCUUGAUGAAAUAAUUAAUUAUAUCCAAUCUCUUCAGCGCCAAGUUGAGUUUUUGUCAAUGAAGCUUGAAGCAGUGAAUUCGAGACUGAACUCCGGUAUUGAAGCCUUUCCUCCUAAGGAUUUUGGUCAGCAUGCAUUUGAUCCCGCGGGCAUGCCGUUCGGUUCACAAGCUCCAAGAGAGUAUAGCAGAGGAUCUUCACCUGAAUGGUUACAUAUGCAGGUAGGAGGAGGUUUUGAAAGAACAACGUAGUGUAUGAGAUGCCAUGGUAAUAAAUACAGAAAGCAGAGGUAUUUGGUCCUUGAUUAGCUCCCAGAAAACAACCAUGAUAGACUGAAGAAGCAAGUCCAAUGGGCACCUCAUUCCCAUUUUCUACACUAGGCAUGGAGCUGUUACUGUGUUUCACAGGACUGCUUCAGUUUUUAUUUAAGCAUCUCCAUAUGUUUGGUGUGUUGGAAAAUGAAUUCAUUUACUCAAUAUGUAGUAUAGUGGACUUUUUAGGCUUUGUAUUCUGUACUCAACAUAGCCCUUAAAAUGAUCAUUCUUCUUGUAAAAGAAUGCUGCUUCAUCUUAAUACAUGAUGCUUACAUAUUGUGUAAUAGUCUCAAUAAUGUUUGCAAAGCAAUGUUGAAUAAAGUAACCUAGUCACUUUUGUUUCUGA